UGCAUUUCACGGCCGUCGCUCGCUUGUAGUGGCGGUACGAAAAAUGGCCAUCGUCGGGUUCGGUGAACUGUCGGAGCCUUUUUCCUUAAACAGUCCGUCUCAUUAACAAAGCGGGAGAACGAACGAUGCGAGUCGGAGCGGCGGCCGGCCCAAACCGGAGCUAGCCGGCGGUAGCGAGCGUGUUCCCCGGCCGUUGGAGCGGCUUUGUGUCCGGCUGAAGCAGAUGGGAGCCGCGGUGAAAGCAGGCAAAAGGCGGAAGACUGCGUACUAUCAGACACGGCUACAGCUAACUGUUUGCUCCGACAUGCAGGAAAACGGGAACCGACUGUGCAGGUUUUAAGGACAGCAGAGGAAACAUUUCGACAGGCGACAUCCUUCUUUAUGGAGUCACAACAGGGUGACUUGAACUGAGACAGCUCAAACACUCGGCUUAACGCAGCACUCACCCAAACUCAGGAUGGCGAGCAGGAGGAAGUCCACCGUCCCCUGCAUGGUUCCUCCCCAAGAGACUGUGGACUCGGACCAGGAGAUGGAGGAUGUGACGUGUGUGGUGGAGCCAGAGGACAGCAAUGGUGUGGCAACCGUCUCCUCUGAGGCUUCCGGUCUGCUGGAGGAGCGAGGCGAGGAGGCUGACAGCAGGCGUGACGCCACAGUGUCAGACCCCUACCUGGACCUGAACGCAGCGGAGGGUGGCUACGAGUGCAAAUACUGCAGCUUCCAAACAUCAGAGCUCAACCUGUUCACCAUGCAUGUGGACACGGAGCACCCCGACGUUGUUCUCAACACCUCCUACGUCUGCAUGGAGUGUGACUACCACACCAAGAGCUAUGACACGCUGCUGGCCCACAAUGCUCGGCUGCACCCGGGUGAGGACAACUUCACACGGACGAUGGUGAAACGCAACAACGAGACCAUCUUCCAGCAGACGGUCAACGACCUGACCUUCGACGGCAGCUUUGUCAAAGUGGAGGAUGACGAGGAGGAGGAGACAUCCCGCAGAGGCAUCGCCUUCAGCAAGACACCCAUCAUGAGGAUCAAGAGCCGACCGGAGCCCAAGAAAUUCACCGCUUCGCACAAGAUGGCCGUUGACGAUGUCAUCAAAGUGGAAAGCGACGAUGACGAUGAUGACAACAAAGAGCCGCCCACGCUGUCGCCCGCGCCGAUGACUCCCGCUCCUGUCACCCCUCGCCUCAUUCCCAUCUCUGCACCGCUGCAGGUCCACGCCAUCCCUCAGAGCAUAGUGGUAAACAGCCCCAACGUGCUGCAGAUUAAAGGGGGCGCCUCCAGCUCUGGUGGUGGUGGCGGUGCCGGCAGUGGCGUGCUGCCUCCAGGGACGCUGGCCCAGGUUUUGUCUGCCCUGCAGAGCCAGCAGAACAGCACACAGACACAGCUGCUCAUCCCCAUCAGCAGCAUCCCCACCUACAACACAGCCAUGGACAACAACGUCCUGCUGGUCAGCGCCUACAACAGGUUUCCGUAUCCCUCGGUGUCAGAGAUCAUGGGGCUGUCGUCUCAGACCAAGUUCAGCGAGGAGCAGAUCAAGGUGUGGUUUUCUGCUCAGAGACUCAAACAUGGAGUCAGUUGGACGCCGGAGGAGGUGGAGGAGGCACGGAGGAAGAAGUUCAAUGGCACAGUGCAGACCGUCCCUCAGACCAUCACCGUCAUCCCCGCAAACAUCGCCGCCACCACAAAUGGCCUGCAGAACAUCUUCCAGACCUGUCAGAUUGUCGGGCAGCCGGGCCUCGUCCUCACUCAGGUGGCCGGGAAUGGUGGCACGGUCCCCGUCGCCUCUCCCAUCACGCUCACUGUCGCAGGCGUCCCUGGCAGCCAGCCCAAAGCCGCCGAGCCGUCGGCAUCUGAAUCAAAUGCAGAGAUGUCAUCUUCGUCAGCCAGCGCGUCACUCGGUUUGGACUCGACCACAAGCAAACCGAAAAAGUCCAAAGAGCAGCUGGCAGAGCUAAAGGCGAGCUACAGCCGGCGGCAGUUUGCCACAGAGGCGGAGAUAUCACGCCUCAUGCAAGUCACCAAACUCUCCAAGCGAGCAAUAAAGAAAUGGUUCAGCGAUACACGCUACAACCAGAGGAACUCAAAGGAUCAUCACAGUUUGCUUCUGAGGGAAGUGACACCCGGCAGAGCAGCAGCGGCAUCAUCGGGUGGGGGCAGAGGAGGAAGGAGCAGCAGUGGUAGCAGCAGCGUCAGCAUCAAUGACAGUAACAACAGCGACAACACCGCCACCAUCAUCAUUGACUCCAGUGAUGACGCCAGUGACUCCUCUCCAACUUCGGCCAGCGCUCCGGGCUCAGCCGGGUCCUCCAGCGAUCCUCGUGUCAAAUUCCGCCACGCCUUCCCUGACUUCACGCCACAGAAGUUCAAGGAAAAGACUCCGGAGCAGCUGCUCAUCCUGGAGGCCAGCUUCCAAAAGUCAGACACGCCCUCAGACGAGGAGCUGAGCCGGCUGCGGGCGGAGACGAAGCUGACGAGGCGUGAGGUGGAUGCCUGGUUCACAGAGAGGAGGAAAAUGCCGUCCACGGGUCAGUCGAAGGACAGUGACACAGAGGGAGACGCUGAGAAGGUGAAACCGGCAACCACGCCUUCGUCCUCGGCUCAGGAGCAACAGAGCACACCACCUGUCAGCAGGAAGGUGGUGAAGAAGACACCGGAGCAACUCCACAUCCUGAAGAGGGCCUUCGUCCGCACUCAGUGGCCAACGCCCGAGGAGUAUGAUCAGAUGGCGAAGGAGAGCGGCCUGCCGAGGACGUACAUCGUAAACUGGUUUGGAGAUACGCGCUACGCCUGCAAGAACAGCAACCUGAAGUGGUACUACCUCUACCAGAGUGGGAAGGUGGAUGAGGCAUUGAAUGGCGGCCCAAAGAGUCAGAAGAAGUCCAAGAAGCGUUUCCGUGGUUGGUCCAGGAGGACGCGUCGGCCAUAUCCCUGCAAGCGUUCUCCACAGGGCAGCGGGGGUGCCAUCAAGGUGAAGUCCGGUAAGGCUUUUCUGAAGGACUACUUCUUCAAGCACCGAGCCCUGAGCGAGAAAGACCUGGACGACCUGGUGGCAAAAUCCAGCAUGAGCUACGAGCAGGUGAGAGAUUGGUUCUCUGAGACCGCCAGGAGGGUGGAGGAGGGCAUGGAGCCCUUCAGCGAUGAGGAGGCUGAGGGAGAGGAGGAGGAGGAGGAGGAUGAGGAGGAGGCGGCGGCGGCAGUCGAGCACGCAGACAGCGAGGGAGAGAUGGAGGUGAAAGAACAAGGAGAGGAGGGAUCAGACGACGACUGCGUCGAGGAAGAGGAGGAGAAGGACGCAGAAGAGGAUGAUGAUGAAGAGCUCCAGGAAGGAUCUGAAGAUUUCAGCCAAUCACAGCCUCAGGCAGAGGAGCAGACAUGAGCAGACAGGUUUAACAUCACUCCCCCAGUGCGGAGAGGACAGAGGACGUUGUGCUUCUCAGCUGGCGGUUCGGGACCUAAAGACGGCUGCAAGAAGCUCAGAUGGAUGUUUGGUUGGCAGGAUUGUGCCUCAGAGGUGAGCUUUGGGUCGCGGUGCAGCUGAGAAUCACUACGAUGAAGGACCAAAAGGCGCCGUGAGUUCAGCUCUGCUCCUGUACAAAUGACAAGCUUUUACUCUGCUGAGAGCAACUCGGCUUUUAUUCAGUUUUUCAUACAAAAUAAAUAAAUAAAUCAACGUUUGUAUAAAGAAAAAAAUCCACGACAUUUCUAAGAGGUGAGACCUCGCAUCUUUAUUAAAAGGACUUUUUUCAGAAUCACGGAGGAAACAUCAGACAUUUUUAUCAAGGGAAUGUCCUCCAGCCCAGAAACACUCAGCUCCUCUGAAGGAAAGAGGUUUUUAAACUCAGAUUAGUGCCAUUCUGUUUCUAUGGUUGUUUUAAAUAAAGACAGAAACAGCGCUGGAUGGAGAUCCACAGCAGACUUUUCACUUUUUGUAUUUUUCCAGGUGAUUUCUUAAAGUCUAAAGGACAUAAAACAAAUAAUGGAAUCUGAAUCCAUAAAAACUGCAUUUAAAAAAUAAUAAUUUCUGUGUUUUUAGGCGUUUGGCUUCAUUCAGCUUCAACGUGAGUUCAGUCUGACCCAAAACAACCAGGACACCGAAGACAUGACAGGCACCGUUAAAGGGCAGAUCCACUUUAAAACAGAGUCUAAUCACAGUUUUACCCCCAAAUAAUUGUUCAGAUCAAACAUCAAUAAUUCACAAAAAGCUGAAAACUUGAGAUAAAGAAACUGAUGAUAUUUUAGUUCUUGCUGUUAUUUUCUCCUCUUUCUGUGCCGAGGGGAACAAUUAAGUUAUAAAUAAAUAAAUAAAAAAAAGGUUAUUUAAGCUUUUACCGCCAGGCGAUCGCCACUGAAACGCCCGUUACUUGUGCUUAAUAGCAGCAAACAGCUGGUUAAGACAGAGCGUAUCAGCAUUCCUUUGCUGGCUUUUUACCGUAACUCCAUGACGUUUGUCCUAUCAGAAAAAUUAACAUAGCCAUAUAGGGGUAUUAUGGUAUUUGUUGCCGGAAGUCCACGAACGGCGGCACUUUUGAAGUACAUUGUGCCACGGCCGAUGCAUUUGGAGUAAAAGGGUUAAUCAAACUAUCUGUACAAAUUCAGCUAAUAAUUGCAACAGAUAAAUAUCAUCCACUGACGUCGUUGAACAGAACAGGGUGUUGGCCCCCUUCUUUAAGAGGAGUAGUGGAGUGUGUCCCACCUUCAGGGGGAUUCCUCCUCUGGCUCAGCCGAGGGGUGGAGGGGGUCGGUGGUCUCAGAUCUCGGCUCUGCUUUUUUGUGGUUCUUCUGACUUCCUUGAGUUACGACCUGCACGUCACACUGGGCUGAUUUGCAGUGUGCAUUGGGAUGAGAAUUGCUACUUCAAAGUCUAAGGUCAUGGUUUUCAGCCAGAAAAGGGUGGUGCACCCACUCCAGUUUGGGAAUGAUUUUGGAGGAGUUUAGGUGUCUUGUGAUUUUGUUUGUGAGUGCAAGCAAGAGGGAGCAGAAGACUGAUAGAUGUUCCUACCCUCAGCUCUGGUGAUGAGCCGAGUAGUGACAAAAAGAAUGAGAUCACAGAUAUAAGCUCCUCAUCCUCAGAUAGGAUGAGGAGCUCAGGCAUUCAGCAGAGAGUCAGAGUAAAGCCGCUACUCCUCCAAAAUGAAAAGAGCCGGCUGAGGGGGCUUGGACAUCUAACCUUCUGGACACCUCCUGGGAGAGGUUUUUCAGACAUGUCCAUACCCAGGACGCAUUGGAGAGGUUAUAUAUCUUAGCUGGCUUGCAAAUGCCUCAGUGAUCCGCCAGAAGAGCAGGAGGAGUUUUCCAGGGAGAGAGGGAGGGUUGAACAUCUCUGCUCACACUGUUGCCCCGUGGCCUGGAAACAGACAAGCAGCGGAGGACAGAUGGACGUCCUUAAACCCCAUCUUACUUGGACAGUAUCGAUGCAUCCCUAACACCAUGAACCAGUUCAGAGCUCAGACAAAAUGUGGAGAUCACAGAGACUUUGGAGAGUUUCUUUGCUUCUGUCCACUCAGGAGUGGAGCAGCAGCAUCUGUAGGGUGGAAGUGGAGGUGACAGCAAAAACUAAAAGCUCUGAUAAAAGUGGAUUUUUCCUUCAAUGCCGUGCAGCACAUUAAGUCACUGCUCAGAUUUUUUUCUGGGUCUUUCCAAAAAAAACAAAAAAAAAAUCAGAACUGACGAAGUUGAAAAAUGUUUGAACCAAAACGCUGUUUCGUCUCCUCGUCCAAAAACCAACACAAAGGCAGGUGUGCUCUACUUCAGGAAACAGGCAACUUUACCUCAGUCAGUUAAGCUACAACUCGGUAAGAUUGUGACAUUUACACUCAACAACAGGUUUCUUCUUUACUGUAUGCAUGAAAAAAUGAGUACAUGGUAAUAAUUAUGUCUUUCAGAUGGCGUUCUUUCUGCAUUCGCCACCAAAGUCAGUGGAUCACUUUAGAGGAAAAGCAGAAGACAUAGUUAUUAGCGCAUUUAUUUGCUCAAAUACGGGUGAACUAGUUAAACGAUAUCCUUCAGGUUUUCCUCGAAAAUUAAAGACAAUAUUUUAGGGACAAUAAACCACCAGGCACAGUUCCUACAGGAGCUUUUUAACUUUUCAUAUGGGGGGAAAAAUGAGCUUUUAUUCUGCUUCUCUGUGCUCUUCCUGUUUACUGAACCUCGUUAGGACUCUGAUGGGAUAUGCAAACAUCAAAGAACAAUCAGCAGGUGGAGGUGGGCUGUAAAGUCUCUGUAACGUUUCUGCCGCUCUUCUUCUUUAAAUUGCUUUAAUAGUCAACAGUUUUUAGUAGUUAAUUUAUUUAUUAUAUCUGGACUUUCAUGGAUCCUUUUUUUUGUCUGCAAGCAAAAAAUAAAGUGGAAAAAAAAACAA